UGAAAUUAUGUUCAUACAGAUACAAGUUCCUCUAUAAAUGUUGAAGUCACUUGCUCUUGUGUCGCACCAUACAUGAGAUCUAAGUUCUCAAGUUUUCAUAUACACUUUCAAUUUCAGUCCUAAUGGCAUUUCAUCUCGCACUCUUCUUCUCUCUUCUCAAAAUGGCAGUGGUGGUGGCACUGGCAAGCCAAGAUGCUCAUCCACCAUUACCUCAUGAACUCUACUGGAACUCGGUCUUGCCAAACACACAAAUGCCAAAAGCUAUCAGUCAACUACUCCAACCUGACUUCAUGAUUAAAGAAGAUAUGAGAAUCCCUGUCGAACUAGGGAAGGGCACUGGUUUCGACCUCAUUGCAGGAGAAGAAAACCCUAGACCUGCUGGAGGCACAAAUGUCGAUCUUGUUGGGAAAGACGGGACGAAACCUGCAUAUGUUGGAGUAGCUCAAGAAGGAAACGUAUUUUCUUACCCUGGUCAUCAUGCACAUGACACUCAUGGAGGCACAAAUGUCGAUCUUGUUGGAAAAGAUGGGACGAAACCUGCAUAUGUUGGAGUUGCUCAAGAAGGAAACGUAUUUUCUUACCUUGGUCAUCAUGCACAUGACACUCAUGGAGGCACAAAUGUCGAUCUUGUUGGAAAAGACGGGACGAAACCUGCAUAUGUUGGAGUAGCACAAGAAGGAAACGUAUUUUCUUACCCUGGUCAUCAUGCACAUGACACUCAUGGAGGCACAAAUGUCGAUCUUGUUGGAAAAGAUGGGACGAAACCUGCAUAUGUUGGAGUUGCACAAGAUGGAAACGCAUUUUUUUACCCUGGUCAUCAUGCACAUGCCACUCAUGGAGGCACAAAUGUCGAUCUUGUUGGAAAAGAUGGGACGAAACCUGCAUAUGUUGGAGUUGCUCAAGAAGGAAACGCAUUUUUUUACCCUGGUCAUCAUGCACAUGCCACUAAUGGAGGCACAAAUGUCGAUCUUGUUGGAAAAGAUGGGACGAAACCUGCAUAUGUUGGAGUUGCACAAGAUGGAAACGCAUUUUUUUACCCUGGUCAUCAUGCACAUGCCACUCAUGGAGGCACAAAUGUCGAUCUUGUUGGAAAAGAUGGGACGAAACCUGCAUAUGUUGGAGUUGCUCAAGAAGGAAACGCAUUUUUUUACCCUGGUCAUCAUGCACAUGCCACUAAUGGAGGCACAAAUGUCGAUCUUGUUGGAAAAGAUGGGACGAAACCUGCAUAUGUUGGAGUUGCACAAGAUGGAAACGCAUUUUUUUACCCUGGUCAUCAUGCACAUGCCACUCAUGGAGGCACAAAUGUCGAUCUUGUUGGAAAAGAUGGGACGAAACCUGCAUAUGUUGGAGUUGCUCAAGAAGGAAACGCAUUUUUUUACCCUGGUCAUCAUGCACAUGCCACUAAUGGAGGCACAAAUGUCGAUCUUGUUGGAAAAGAUGGGACGAAACCUGCAUAUGUUGGAGUUGCACAAGAUGGAAACGCAUUUUUUUACCCUGGUCAUCAUGCACAUGCCACUCAUGAGAAUCAACUCCAUAAAGAUGACAACCCACAGGCAACUCUAUUCUUCUUGGAGAAGGACAUGCGUCCUGGGACAACAAUGAACUUGAACUUCACUAGAAAUUCGAAUACGGCGAAUUUCCUACCGCGCAAAACAGCAGAGUUGAUCCCCUUCUCGUCGAACGAAUUACCUGAAAUUUUCAACCAAUUUUCAGUGAAAUCAGAAUCUGUGGAAGCCAGUAUAAUUAAGCAAACUAUUGAAGAGUGCGAAGCUGCAGGCAUAAGAGGAGAGGAAAAAUAUUGUGCCACCUCGUUAGAAUCAAUGAUUGAUUUCACCACUUCAAAGCUCGGAAGAAACGUUCAGGCAUUCUCGACGGCGGUGUUGGAGAAAGGAGGAACCAUGUCCAUAAUUUCUGUGAAGAAGCUUGCAGGUGACAAAGCCGUUGUGUGCCAUAAGCAGAAUUAUCCGUACGCAGUGUUUUACUGCCAUGCAACAAAACCUACAAGAGCUUACGUGGUGCCCCUGAGAAGUUCUGAUGGGGUGAAGGCUAAAGCAGUAGCAAUCUGCCAUGUGGACACAUCGGAAUGGGACCCACAGCAUUUGGCCUUCCAAGUGCUCAAGGUUAAGCCCGGAACCAUUCCCAUCUGCCACUUCCUUCCUAGUGAUCAUGUUGUUUGGGUUCCAACCCCCAAAUCUACAUUAGUAGUUGAACCCAUCAGUUCUACUUGAUUAUCCCCAUCUAAGAAACCUUUAAUUUGGAGGUAAUUGGUCGUCUAAAUAAAGAGGAUCUCUAUUCGAUUCUCGAUUUCUGCUUCUUUGUUUGUUAGUUGUGAUUGUGUUUGUCUUUUGCUUUUAUUUUGUCUAUUCCACGAAGAGUUUUCAUUGUGGAAUGAAGGGUGUAAGCUUGAUAUCUAUAUUGUGAUUAUUAAUUUGUAAUAUAUAGCUUUGUGAGA